AUGAAGUUGAACAUGGAAGAAGAGGAGGACUAUAUGUCUGAUUCCUUCAUUAAUGUCCAAGAUGAUAUCAGACCAGGCUUGCCAAUGCUGAGGCAAAUCCGGGAAGCCCGUCGAAAAGAAGAAAAGCGACAGGAAGCGAAUCUGAAAAACAGACAGAAAAGUAUAAAAGAAGAAGAACAAGAGAGACGUGACAUUGGGUUGAAGAAUGCACUCGGCUGUGAAAACAAAGGGUUUGCUCUGCUUCAGAAGAUGGGGUAUAAAAGUGGUCAGGCCCUCGGCAAGAGCGGAGAUGGUAUUGUUGAACCAAUUCCUCUCAAUGUCAAAACAGGGAAAAGUGGCAUUGGUCAUGAGACAUUAUUAAAACGGAAAGCAGAGGAAAAAUUGGAAAGCUACAGAAGAAAGAUUCACAUGAAAAGCCAAGCUGAAGAAAGAGCAGCAGAACAGUUUCGGAUUCGACUUAAAAAUAAGCAAGAUGAAAUGAAGCUAGAAGGAGAUCUUAGAAGAAGUCAGAGAGCCUGUCAACAAUUGGAUACUCAGAAGAAUAUUCAAGUACCCAGGGAGGCAUGGUACUGGUUGAGGCCUGAAGAGGAAACUGAAGAAGAGGCAGAGGAAGAAAAAGAACAAGAUGAAGAUGAAUAUAAGAGUGAAGAUUUAAGUGUACUGGAAAAAUUACAAAUACUGACUAGUUAUUUAAGAGAAGAACAUCUGUAUUGUAUUUGGUGUGGAACAGCCUAUGAAGAUAAAGAAGACCUGUCUUCAAAUUGUCCAGGACCAACUUCUGCAGAUCAUGACUAA